GGAAUGGAGGCGGCGUUUUCUCUUGUGAGCGAGCUGAACCUCUGAAGCCAGGGUUGGGUCAGCCGUCUGCUUAUGUUGGGGGGGAACUGACCACCGGUGUGUUGGAGGAAAGUUCAUCAGCCUGUCCAGAAACGGGACGCCGCCAUGAGAAACCUGUCGCUCACACACAAACUGUGUGUUUCUGUUUGCUGGGGUCUGCUGCUGGUGUACGCGGCGGCAGAGAGGCAGUACUUCAUCGGGCCCCACAACGGCACCUGGGAGCAGGCCAGGAACCACUGCCAGAUCUGCUAUAAGGAGAUGGUGACGCUGACCCCAGAAAACGUCGACGUCGUCGCCAGAAUGAUCGACCACGACCACUGGAUUGGCCUCCGCAAGUAUGUAAACUACAACGGCACCUACAACGACACCAGCGACUACGACUACGAGGACGAUUACUUCACUGACCCCAGUAACGCCACCAACGCCUCGUCCAAGAGCUUCGGCACGCCCUGGACACGCUGGGCCAACGGGGAUCCCCUGGUCUUCCAGAACUGGUACCCUGGCUACCCCGUGUUUAAAUCCCCGCUGCCAAAGAUAGACUGCUGCAGCUGCUCCUGCACCUGCCCGGCACCCAUCCGGACCACCACCACGAGCCCCUCAACAGUUUCCACCGUCACAGGAAGCCCCAGUGGUAGCACCAAUGGAAGCACCUAUAGAAACACCUAUGGAAGCACCAAUGGAAGCACCAAUGGAAACUCAACAGAAACAUACACCUCUGAAACAACGAGCUAUGAUGAUAUGACCGAAAUGGACAAUUAUGAAAGCCCAACAACAGACAUGACGACGAACAUGACGACAGGCAUGACGAACGUCACAAAUCAGACCAACUAUGCCAGUUCCCGGCAGUCCGCCUCCGUUUUCAGUGUUCACACCACCGAUUCUCCCUGGACGACCAGGUCCACGACCACGCCGGAGCCACCCGUGUCGUCAACAUGUGAAAGGUCCCCUAUGUUGCCACCCAUCAUCCCAGAGACCAAUAAGAACUACAUUGAGAACUCCUGCGUGGUCAUGCUCCACUUUGGGCCUUGGGUGGAGCGGGUGUGCGUAGAGCAGCUGCCUUUCAUUUGUUAUGAAGACCGCUUCAUGGGGAGUGUCACCGCGUACAACAUCUCAGCCACGUCUGCGUCGCUGCGCUGGGACCAGGGGCCCGGGGACCUCAGCCACUAUCGUUUAGAGGUGGUCGGUGCUAAUGGCCUCUGGAAUUUCACCACCGACCUGCUUGACUUGAGCUUCGAACUCAAAAACCUCACCGCUGGCACCCACUACAGCGUCCAGGUGUUUCCUGUGAAGUGCGGCCGAGACCUCAACCCGCAGAACAAAUCUUUCUUCACCAUACCCGGCGAAGUCACGGACCUCAAUGUGACCAGUUAUACAGAAACAUCUGUCGGCCUGAGCUGGAAGAAACCCGAUGGGAACUAUGGCUUCUUCAAAGUUACAGCUAAACCCUCGCUGGAAACAGAAGAGACAAAGAUUAGGGACAACAUUACGGCCGAGUACUUGAUGUUUGAUGGUCUGGUACCAGGGCUUCGCUACAACUUUGUCUUCAUCACCGGAGUCAAUGACAGGACCUGGUGGAGUAAGGAGACCAACAUAACAGCGUGCACCAGUGAGUUUAAACCACCAUUUACACAACCCAUCAAGCCCGGCAAUGUGUCCGAUCUGAAGGCUUUAAACAACAGUGACACACACCUGAAGCUCCAGUGGCACAAACCAGAAGGACAUUACGACUACUUUAAUGUAAAGGUCUUGGAUAGAAAUGGGACGAACCUGAAUCCUACGGUGACUGUGACAGAAGAUAAGGAUAAAACACAUGCAGUGAAUGUGACACAGCUGCCAAAUGCCAAUCAGAUUAACCUGUAUGUGACCGCCGUGAGUCAUUGCGGUGACUCUGGAGUCACCGAAAACAUUACAACAUUCACGGCUCCAGGACCGGUCACAGAUCUGAAAUUAACAUCGAAACACGACUCCAUUAACGCUACCUGGAAGUUUGACCGGAGUAAUGGGAAAACUUCCAACUUUACGGCAGACCUUCUCUUAGAUGAUAAAAUUAACACAACAAUAAAUUCAACAACAGAAACAGUGACAUUUCCAGGUCUAAACAGUGCUACCAAGUACACCGUGAAGGUCUAUGCAGUCACUGCAGAUCUGAGGAGCCCUGAAACGUCAAGCUCCAUUUUCACCCUGCCGUUGCCUCCUACUAAGAUCAACCUCGCUAAUCGGACUAACUCCUCCCUCAAAUUUAAGUGGGAAUACCCAGGAAAAUCAUCAGAAAUCCAGUACAACUGCAGCAUUAGGUCUAAUUUCUGGAAUUAUGUUGAAAACCAAACGACCAGUGAAAAAUACUGCGAGUUUACAGGCCUGAAGUCUGGAAGCACGUACGACUUUGAAGUGUACACCGUGAGCAAUGGCAACGGUAGUGAACCAGCAAAGGGCAACGGGUCAACAGUGGAAGAUAAAGUGGAAAUCGGUCUGUCGAUGCUCUGCUCUUCAAACCAGCCUCUAUACUGUGACAGUAGUGACACAAGGGACAAUAUAUACAAACAGCUGAAUAAGCAUUUGGAGGAAUACCUGGGCGGAAAAGUUUAUUACGAAGCGAAGAAGGGCCCGUAG